AAGUGAAAACAACACAGGUUUUGACCAUUUGUUCAACCUUAGAGACGCGCAGCAUCUGUGCUUCCCAAUCGGAGCGCUGUUCCUUUAAAUCGUUUCACUGCACGAAAGUUAGUUAGUACUACCUGUUACGGCUUCGACUCCAGCCAGCGAUUGUCGGACCUAGCAAGAUAGCUUAAACAUGUCAGCCCCAGCCCCAGAAGGUUCCGGCGCAGCCGGCAGCAACCGCAGGCUGCAGCAGACGCAGGCCCAGGUGAACGAGGUGGUGGACAUCAUGCGUGUGAACGUGGACAAGGUCCUGGAGCGCGACCAGAAGCUGUCGGAGCUGGACGACCGGGCCGACGCACUGCAGGCCGGGGCCUCCCAGUUCGAGACCAGCGCCGCCAAGCUGAAGAGGAAGUUCUGGUGGAAGAACUGCAAGAUGUGGGCCAUAUUGAUAGCUGUUGUUGUGAUCAUCAUUAUCAUCAUCAUCAUCUGGAGCCAGUCCUAAAGCGGGAAUGAAACAAUGAUGGGAGGAGACAAAGGAGGAGAAGAACUCACUUCCAGCACUAAAUCGUUCUAACCUGCUGAGUUCCACAGCAUUUUUUUUUUGUAAAAUACAGGUAUUUUCUCUUUUUUAUUUUAUUAAAAUGGUUAAUUAUGAUUUGAAUGUGGCCUGCUUGGUCAAGACAAGUGCCUGAUAUUUUUUCUUUUUUUCCUCCCCCAUAAACAGCAACUAAUCAGAAAUGUAAAGCUAUGUGGUUACUCCAUAUAUAUAUUGGACACUGCAUACAGGUUCACUAUGAGAUUGGGAAUGUUGAAGUUUGACUUUAAAAAAUCUGUUUUAGAAACCUUGUGUCAACAAUGCUUUCUGUAUUUUUUCAUGUCAAGGCAUGCAUUUAGAAUUUUUUUAGCAUGACUGAAAAAAAGAAAAAAAACAUGGUAUUUUGAAGGAAAAAAUGCAUUUUCUAGAAAAUAGAUAUGAAGAAUUUAGUGGUUAAUUCUGAAGCCAAGUAAACAGACAAAAAUAAAGGAGCAGCAGACAAGAAUCCCUAAUAUGCUAUCCAGAAUUCUCCUUGCCUUUUUAGACACUUCCCCACCAAAUAUGUGACACAUACCGAGGAUUCUCAAGAAGUCAGAAUCUCUAGGAAAAACUUGCACAAAGUAGAGCUUUGAAUAAUACAUUUCAGAUCAUGACUUCAAGCUCAAUUUACAGCUUCACCACAUGAGAAGUAUAUAGACAAAGGUGAUAUAAGUAGUGCAGUAUGAAGUCAUAUCUUUUGAGACAGAAUAACGGGGAAGAUUCAGUCCCACUGCUGAACAAUUUGUACUUAGGUUUGAGUAGCACAUUGUAGGUAGUAUUCAUGCUGUCUGUUGCUUUCAUAUUUUUCAUUCAUUUCCAUGACUGCCAAGCACGGCAUGGACUAAGUAACAUAAAUGUAAUGACAAACUCUCAAGAUUAUCAGAUUUAAGGACAAGUCAAAGAGCUGAGAGGGGUUGAAAUCAGACCCUUAGUGUACUCAAGUCAAAGCUGUUAAAGCUAUUGGGGUCUGUGGUGAAUUUCUGGUGCACGGCUUGUCCUUGCUCACAGAGAGUGCAUGUUGUUUACUCGAGGCUUCUUCAGACGAAAGGUCCCACACAUGGGAGCCCAAGAAUCAAGACAGAGCUGCCAAAAACACAGCCAUUUUUAAUGACCCCACCCGCCCCCCUACAAAUCCACAGUGCCUUCACAGCUCAGCCUGCCUCAGAUAAAUGGAGAAAGUAGCUUCAGAGGCUGCACUUUAAUAUCAUACUGUGAUAUUAUUACGUGUCAUUCAAAAGCGCCCAGGACCUUUCUCAGAAAAACCGCUACUACCUGAUUUUACCAUUGUCGUUUUGUAAUUUGAGCCUUGAAACGGCAGUAAGCAUUUGAGAAGUAAAACCCAGGGAGAAUUUUGGUUUAACAUAGGCAGCACACAGAGGGUGUUUGUUGGUGUGUCCACCCAAACACCCUCUCUGCAUUUAUGUGUGUCAGUGAUUCACAGUGAUUAAGUGCCCUUAAACAUAAUGUAUAAUUACAUGCAGGGAUUGACUCCGGUAAAGUUCAUUCAAAGAUGAUCGCUCGUCAUUUCUCACAAAGCAGCAUGUCACAAGACUUGGUAAGGUCUCCCUGAACUCAGAAGUGCAUUGAAUAAUUUGGAAUGAGAUUCAGUAAAGUAGUUUUCUGACUAUUACUAAUCUUUUGAGAACUCUCUGUUGUGCUUUGCCAAACGGUGAUCUUUGACUUGUUUGCACUGCUGUGACUACGUUUCUUGGAGUUUAAAAAAAAGUCUCUGGAGCUUUCAGUCUCUCAUUCUACAUUCUGCAAGUGCCAAACAUGUCUGAUUUUAGCCCUCCUUUGAAUGUGUGUAUAUUAUAAACAAGUGCAAUUAUUUGACAUUGUUGCCUCAGAGCUGUUGAGCUUUGAGUUUGCUUGUACUGUUGCUUAAUAAAACUGAUUUAACACUUUUUAU